AUGAAUGGUAAUGGCAGCGCUACAUGUUCACAUGGUCAGGCCGACGACAGAGAUAGGGGAGGAUGUGGUGGCGAUGGUGGGAGUGUAGCUGCUCUUGGUGCCAAAAUGAUUUCCCGCACACUGCCCGAUUGUCAGGGAAAUUUCGUAAAUGUUGGCGUGGUGUGUGAUUUAGAUGUUAUGACGGUUCUAUGCAGAGGUGUUGUUGAUGUUGCCUCUAAAUCUAAUUCAUCGGAGAUGCAAAGACAAAAAGUAGCCAACGAGAAUACUAUUAACCGCUUGCUGGCGAUGGCGAUGUCGGAUGAUGAUGAUUAUGUCUUACUACCAAAGGCGGGUUUCAGUCAAGUUGACAAGGAAAUACCACAAAAUUAUGCAAAUACUACAACUUCUUGCUAA